AUGUCAUUUAGAAAGAGAGGAGAAGUUGUUUCUGGAACGGGGAAUCCCUUAGUUGUAGGAAGAAGCCCAGCUUUGACAGCAAGAGGUCCUGUAGUUCCAGGAAGAUCUACAGUUCCUGGAAGGAAUAAUCCUAUUAGAGGAUCUCCUUCAACAGCAGCUCCAGUAGCUUCAACAGCUAGCAAUAAUGUCUCUUCUCCAUGCAUAAGACCCUCCAUAGUUACUUCACAACCUACGGUUUCCACUGGUUCCAGUGAUUUAGAUAAGCUUUUGCUUCAUUCUGGAAUUCCUUUAGGAUGUUCGUUAAUUGUUGAAGAAUCAUCAACCACCGAUUUUGCUUCUGUUCUUGUUAGACUGUUUGUAAGUCAAGGUGUCUUACACAAUAGAAUAGACGAUGGAAAUGUUCAACUCUGUCAUCUGGUGGUGGUUGGAAUGCCUCAAUCUUGGGCUAAUGAUUUACCCGGUCCAUAUAAGGGAACAUCAAAAGAACAAAAGAAAUUGAAGAUAAAAGAAAAUGAACAGAAAAUUAGUGUUUCAAAUCUCUCCAAUAUUCAAACAGAGAGACAAAGGACUGGUGGUUCCGAUUUGAAAAUUGCUUGGAGAUAUGGCCUAAAUAAACCAGAAAAGGAAUCAUCAGAUCAAAUGGUUGAAACAGAAACAUAUUCAAAUUAUUCAACUCAAUUUGAUCUUACACAGAAAUUUUCUCCUCCUCCUUCCAUUCAAGAUAUAUCUUUUGUUGCUUUGAGUCCCAACUUCACCACUUUAGUCAAUCAAAUACGCCAAAUUAUUAGUACCAAAAUUAAGCAACACCCGGACAUUGUUAUCCGGAUUGUUCUUCCAAAUCUUCUUACUCCUUCAUUAUAUUCUCCGACCCAAUCUUCACCACAGUUCAUCCUUCCCCUAUUCCAUUCCUUACAAAGUUUGUUGUCAACUUAUUCCAAUAAUGCGAUACUUAUGACUCUGAUCAACCUUGAUUUGUAUACUCGGAACCAUCUAAUCACGAGUACGUUGGAAAAUAUAUUUGAUGGUAUUAUCAACCUUCAGCCAUUCAACCAGCAGAUGUCAGCUUUGAUCGAGAAGGCAUACAAGAAUGAACCAAAACGUAUCCAACAAGGUUUGGUGAAUGUAAUUAAGGUCCCCGUACUAUCUGAACGAGGAGCGAUGAUGGUCCGUAUGGGAGAGUAUGCGUUUAAAAAUGGCAAACACAAGUUUGAAAUUGAAAGUUGGGGGAUUCCUGUUAUUGAUGAAGAAGAUUCCGCUUCAAAUAAUCAACAGGAUAUACCACAAGCUCAAACCACCAAGAAUAUCGAUUUCUAA